GACACUGGAAACAUCGUUUCUUAACGCGAGAACAAAGAACGGGAUUUGUGAAGGCCGGGGUUUUUGUUCAUUAUUCCGAGGUUUAAAUAUGGCUACUCCGGAUGUACGGCUUAAUCAUACAAUCUACAUCAACAACUUGAAUGAGAAAAUUAAGAAAGAUGAGUUGAAAAAGUCGCUGUACGCCAUCUUCUCACAGUUCGGGCAGAUUUUGGACAUUUUGGUCGCACGGAACCUGAAGAUGAAGGGUCAGGCCUUUGUUAUUUUCAAAGAGGUUAACAGCGCUUCCAAUGCUCUGAGAUCCAUGCAGGGUUUUCCUUUCUACGACAAACCCAUGCGUAUCCAGUAUGCCAAGCAGGACUCAGACAUCAUAGCUAAAAUGAAAGGGACUUAUGUAGAGCGUGACCGUAAAAAAGAGAAGAAGAAGAUUAAAGGAGCUGAUGCAGCGGGAUCUAAGAAGGGUGUGCCGGGAGCUGCUGCACCCAUGGUCGCUGGGGUACCGGCUGCCAUGCCUGGAAUGCCUCCGAUGAGCCAGGCUCCUCGUAUGAUGCACAUGCCAGGCCAGCCUCCUUAUAUGCCCCCUCCUGGCAUGAUGCCUCCUCCUGGGAUGGCACCUGGUCAGAUGCCACCUGGUGCCAUACCUCCUGGCCAGAUGAUGCCCGGACAGAUGCCUGGACAAAUGCCCCAGCAGGUUGCAGAAAAUCCUCCAAAUCACAUCCUUUUCCUCACCAACCUGCCAGAAGAGACAAACGAACUCAUGCUGUCCAUGCUCUUCAACCAGUUCCCCGGGUUCAAAGAGGUGCGUCUGGUUCCUGGUCGACACGACAUCGCCUUUGUGGAGUUUGACAAUGAAGUGCAGGCCGGCGCUGCACGAGACGCACUACAAGGCUUUAAGAUCACACAAGCAAACGCUAUGAAGAUCUCAUUCGCUAAGAAAUAACACCUCAAGACCGUUUUGUCUUAUAUGCACAAACGGGUCUUUUUUAAAAUUUAUGGCAGUGACCUGAAUUAAAACACUUUUAGAAGUUGACAUUUGCUGAUCAGCACAGCAGGGGCGGUGUAUUUUUAUUUUUUUUCCUCCUUCAGGAUUACAUGUAAGUAUACAUUCUUUGCAUCAUGUUGCUGUGUGUUAUCGUGCCACACUGACAGAACUCUGACAUAAAAUAAUGAUCAGGCAAAUUUCAUAGGAGUUCUGCAUCCCUAAUGAGAUGAAUUUCAGAGGUUUCAUAGCUGGUUUAGCUUUUUUGGCUUGAGCAUGAGCAACAUGAUGUAUUUUGUAUGUUUUUGUGUUUUAAAAACUGUUUUCCAUAAAGCAUUGCACCCAGAGUCUGGUCUGCCAGACACUAUACCUGGAGCUUUUUUCUUUUUAUAAUUAAAACAUUUCUUUGAGACUG